CGGAGCCUGUGACGUCACAGCCAAAUAACGGGACCGUUGGGCGGGCGUGUUCACUCCGGUCCGGCGUCGGACUUUUGACGGUUGAGGCCAGGGUGACUAAAGACGCAGCAGCAGCAGCAGCAGCAACAGCAACAGCAACAGCAACAACAACAACAACAGCAACAACAACAACAACAAAGCCAGUCGGGACUGAAAUGAAAGACUAACAACGACGACGCAGCAGACGAAGGCGAGCGAGUGGACGACGAGGCCACGGCGUUGGGGGACUUGAAACCAAGUGAGGCCACCGAGAAAAGUCUUUGUCCGAAAAGGCAGACAUGGCAGACGCAGAGCUGGACUUCCAGACGGGCGAUGCCGGCGCGUCGGCCACCUACCCCAUGCAGUGCUCGGCCCUACGCAAGAACGGCCACGUUGUGCUUAAAGGCCGCCCCUGCAAGAUUAUGGAGAUGUCCACCUCCAAGACGGGCAAGCACGGCCACGCCAAGGUCCACCUGGUUGGCAUCGACAUCUUCUCCGGGAAGAAGUACGAAGACAUCUGCCCUUCCACCCACAACAUGGACGUGCCCAACAUCAAGAGGGUCGACUACCAGCUGAUCGGGAUCCAAGAUGGCUACCUGUCCCUGCUCCAGGACAGCGGGGAGGUGAGAGAGGACCUGAAGAUCCCAGAGGGCGACCUGGGCAAAGAGAUCGAGAGCAAAAACGAAGCCGGGGAAGAAAUCCUGGUGACCGUUCUCAACGCGAUGGAUGAGGAAGCUGCCAUUGGCAUCAAAGCUUUGGGGAAAUAAGCGGCAGCCAGGGGCUGCCGGACCUUGGGGGGGGGAAAAGGAGGGAACGUUGCUGUCCUUCCUCCUUUCGUUCUUUUUCAUAGCCUCCCUCUGUAUACGUUAGAGCACAGGUUUAUAAUGUUUAUUAUGAUGAUUGUAUAUUAUGAGCAUUUGGGGGUUAAAUGUCCUCAGAGCAAUUGGGAAUAUACACAAAAGUAUAACAAGGGUUCAGGUAAAAGUGGCGUUAAUGCAACUAUUUUCUUUUAUUUUUUGUGAACUUGUUCCCAUGUUUUAUAAAAGGGCUUCAUUGCAAAAUGAUGAAGGCUUGAAAUACA